UGCUAAGCCUAAAUUAAGCAAACGAACAUAGAGAACCUAUAUAUUUUUAUUUGCAUUGUUAGUUUAUUAAAUAAACACCAACGUAUAUUUUUCUUAUGUUUCGCACAGUGUAGAUUCGGCAUUAUAGCAAGUGGUGGAGUCUUCUUCCCCUACAUCAACAUUUUCUUUAGGGAAGCCUAACCUGCGCGAUACUCUGCAAGAGGAUAUUAACGAUUUUUAAUAAAAUAAAACAGUUUAUAAAACAAACACAGAAAUGCUUCGUAACAUACAUGAUAAAGAUUAUAGAGUUGUGGAUUUAGUACGUCAACGUGAAAUACGGGAUUCUGUGGCAUAUACAGUUUCUCAAAAAUUACAUGUCACAGAAAAUUUGAUAUCACGAUUAGGACUUGAAAAAGAAUUGGUUGGUCAUACAGGAUGUGUCAAUUGUUUAGAAUGGAACGAAAGUGGACAAAUUCUGGCUUCAGCAUCUGAUGAUAUGAAUAUUAUUUUGUGGGAUCCAUUUCGUUAUGAAAAAAAGUUAGUACUUCGUACACGUCAUCAAGGAAACAUAUUUUCUGUCAAGUUUAUGCCAAAAUCAAAUGAUAGAAUAUUGGUGUCAGGUGCUGGAGAUGGGAAAGUACGAGUACGUGAUCUCACUAUUCUUGAACCCAUAUUUUGGUGCAAUUGUCAUGUUGGUCGUGUCAAGCGAAUUGCUACAGCAUCUACUGUACCCUUUCUCUUCUGGAGUGCUGCAGAAGAUGGUCUGAUUUUACAGUAUGAUAUUCGCACACCUCACAAUUGUAAAAGCAAUGACUGUAAUAGUGUAUUAGUGAAUCUUGUCAAUCAUAUGGGCCGAUAUGCAGAGGGCAAGUGUAUUUCAGUGAAUCCAAAAAAACCAGAAUUAGUAGCCAUUGGAGCAAAUGAUGCUUAUAUAAGAAUGUACGACCGUAGAAUGAUUAAACUUUCUCAGGUGCCUGUAGUUUCUUCUCCACAUAGUGAUUUGACAAGAGAAAAUUUAAGUAUAUGCAGAGGUGGUGAAGGCGAUCCAGAUGAGAAUAUACCAUUGGGUUGCGCACAGUACUUUAUCGCGGGCCAUCUGCACUCUCGACAACGUGACAGUAACAGGAGUCUCACUACAACAUAUUUAACCUUCAGUGCUGAUGGGAAUGAGCUCCUUGUUAACAUGGGCGGUGAACAAAUUUAUUUAUUCGACAUCAACAAUCCAAAAAAGUCGAAAACUUGUUUUGGUUAUUCCUCAAAUACGUAUUUAGGGGAUUGCGGCAAAUGCUGUACGGAAAAGGAUAGUGAAGACAGUACCGAUUUUACAAUAAAAAAUGAGAAAGUCCUACCACCACAUGUUGAAGAAUUAAAACGUCAAGCUAAUGAAAGUUUUGAGCAACAAAAAUAUACUUUGGCAAUUAAUUUAUACAAUAAAGCAAUCAGCUUAUGUCCCAGUGCAGCUGUGCUUUAUGCCAACAGAGCUGCAGCAUAUAUGAAACGAACGUGGGAUGGUGAUAUAUAUGCUGCCCUCAAAGAUUGUCAAACAACACUACUUCUUGAUCCAGGACACGUAAAAGCUCAUUUUAGAUUGGCCCGUUGUCUUUUUAAUUUACAUCGAUCAAUGGAAGCCGAUGAAGUAAUCAAAGACUUUCAACAAAAGUUUCCUGAGUAUGCAUCUAACUCAGCGUGUAAAGCAUUAAAAAUGGAUAUAAAAGAAGCUAUAGAUACUGGUAGAGAUAAUGAUAUGAAUCUAUCAAUGUUACAAAUAUCGGAAUAUGAACAAGAAUGGAGACGCAACACAAUUGAUUAUAAAAUGAGAUUUUGUGGACACUGUAAUACAACAACUGACAUAAAAGAAGCUAAUUUUUUUGGGAACAAUGGUCAAUAUAUUGUGGCAGGAUCAGAUGAUGGUUCUUUCUUUAUUUGGGAUCGUAAUACUACAAAUAUAAUACGCGUCUUAAGAGGAGAUGAACGGAUCGUAAACUGCCUCCAGCCUCAUCCAUCCACAUGUUUAUUAGCUACUAGUGGUAUUGAUCCAGUAGUUAGAUUAUGGAGUCCUUUACCUGAGGAUGGUACUGUAAACGAAAGAGAAAUCCAAAAUUUAGAAGAUGCUGCAUCUGCAAAUCAAAUUCGUAUGAACAGCGAUCCAUUUGAAGUGAUGCUCAUGAAUAUGGGAUAUCGAUUUCCUGUCCAACAAGCUGACGUAAACGAAGAUGGUGACGAUCAUCAAGAUCAGUCAAUUGUGCAACCAUUGAAUUGUAGACCAAGUUAAAUUUUAAAAGAGAUUUAAAAUGUGGUACGAAAUCGCAACUAAAUAACUAAAGACUUAAUCAGUGUUAUAAUGUAGAAUAUUGAUGCUUUAAUUGCAAUUAUCUAUUUUUUUAUCAAUUCCUUAUAGGCGUUGACUUUUCCAUAAAUAAAAUAUUAAAGAAUAUUUGGUAAAGUGUUAAUAAUACAAGUGUUGAAAGAAAGCAACGUAGUUGUAUUAAACAGUUGUAGAACAUCAGUCAUAAAAUUUUUUAUAAAUAAGAUAACAAAGUAUACUUGGAGAAACAAUGCGUUAAAACAAUAGUUAUGUUAAAACAGUUUAUGAAAUGCAAUUAAUAUCUUAUAUAAUGUUUAUGUACAUAGAUUUAUUACAUUUCUAUUUCUUUCAUAAAUUCAUCAACCAUGUCCUAAAAAAAUCAAGAAAGGUAA